CUUGCUGCUCGGAGACGGUACAGAGAUUGAUCGCACUAGCCAGUGGCGUGCAGAAUGGGCCUGCUAGAACAGUUGCAGGAACAAGGCUGGUACAUCACGCAACCCGGCUUAGACAAGCUGCUGGAAGGUGAAAAAAAUGGAACCACCACGAACGUCGACGUGAAGCAAGUUGUGAAAUUGGCCUUGAAUGUCGAUUUAAGGGAGUAUGGUGCCGGUGCUCUUAGCAGCUUAGCAUCGCGCGGUGCAAAAUCGGACACCUUCGAUGGGCCCAGCGUGGUGCAGCUGGUAAAGCUGCGCAAUCUUGGCGCACCGAAGGUAAACGAAGAGUCGAAAGUUGCACCCCGCCUACUAAAGCUUACCAUUACCGACGGUCAAACGCAGUACGUUGCGCUGGAACAUGAGCACAUACCGUCGCUCAGCUUAAACACACCGCCGGGCACGAAGAUACUGCUGAAAAACGGUCCAAUCCGUAUCGUACAGGGUGUGAUGAUGCUGAGCGACAAGAACGUACAGGUGCUGGGUGGACAUGUUACCGCACUGGUAGAAAAAUGGGAACUAAGCCGCACCAUGGCCAAGUACGCGAAGGGUGGCCGGUUGCAAUUUAGCGCGUCCGGCCCACCGCCAUGGAUUCCUUUCGGUCAAAAAAUCCAACAACCGGUUGCGAACAGCGGCGACAAGGACUUUAAAAGCCUGCAACCGAAAGAGAAGGAAGAAUCGACUGAAAACACGGCCUUCAAUGCGCUGCGAAAUGAUGCGAUUGCGGAAGCGACCAAGCUCGGAACGAAGAAAACGUUCGGUGGCGGUGCGAAGCAGAUGGUCGAUGCGAACGUGCAGAAAAUCAUGGACAAAGGUUUCACCGAGGAGCAGGCGACCCACGCACUGAAGCUGACACGCAACAAUGUCCACCGGGCGUUGAGCAAUCUGCAGCGAAUAGAGGACCGCAAACAGGCACAGGCUGAGGGAGGGGUCGGUGGUGGAAAGCUGGAAGGGGGAGGAAAAUCGGGUGGCAAACGGGGUGGUUUCGGCAAGCGAGAUGAGGAUGAUGAACUGCUGCAAUCGAAACCUUCCGGCAAGGUGUCGUUGUUUGAUUAUUUUGGCGAUAUACUGGCGGAUACGGAACCAGCAGUAUCAUCGGGGUCCGGCGGCACCGGAGCUGGUGGUGGUAAGAAAACGAGCAAAGAAUCAACACCGGUUGAAAAGGAACAGAACCGAGCGCGAAGCGAUAGUACAGGCCGCCAGACGGGCAACAAUCGGCACCAUCCGCCAUCGAAGAAUCCACCAUCCGGUGGAACGAACCGUUCCCACGGUGAUAGCGGAACUGGCAACCACAGCUCCGGUACCGGAAUGGUUAAUGGUAGCAGUUCUAAAAAUUACAACCAACAACGGUUUGAGAAUAAUAUUUCAAGCAGUUUUGCUAAUCGCAACACAACCACCACCUCCUCUUCUGGGCGAGGAGGUGAGCGGGGCCGGGGUGAGCAGCACGGAGGCCAUGGACAAUAUUCGAAUCAAUCGCGAGAUCAGCAGCAACAGCAACAGUCGGGCUACAAACAGUCGGAUUAUUACGGUUCGUCGAACAACAGCCGUUACCGAGGUUCAAACACGAAUGAAAACCAUUCCACCAAUUCGUCCAACAAUCCAUCCACUGGCCCAUCCGGUGCACGGGGUGGAAAUUCUCGUGGUGGAGGUGAUUCGAAAUACCACCAGCAGCAGCAAAGCUCCUCCGGUUACAACCAUAACUCGCAACAGCAGCGCCAAGACGGUUACAACAACAACAGCAGCAACAGUAACGCUACUGGCGGCGCCAAAUACAACGGCAAAGGUCAGUCUAACAAUAAUGCUUCCGGUGGGUAUGGUAACAGUUACGGUUCCGAAGGACGAAACCAGCAACCAUCGGCUCAGUACGGUACAGGGCCGCACGAGAGUCGCCAAACGGGUGGUAAAUCCGGUUCUGGUGCGCCAAGCGCAUCCACAUCCCAGCAGCAGCCACAACAACAAUCAUCCUACGGAAAUGCAUCCAAGCAGUCCGGCUACCACAAUCAGCACCAGGGCACUGGCUCAUCGUAUAACAACAAUGCGGCGAACGGUAACCAACAAUACAAUCAGCAGGCCAGUAGUGGCGGCAGCCAUGGCAACAAUUACGGUAGCGGUGGUAACAAUGGAACCAAGAACUCCAAUAAAGGUGGCCGCUAUGGAGGAAAAGAUGAAUCUCAUAAAUAUGCCGGAGGUAAUGCGCCGCAGAGCACCACCACCACCGCCACUUCCACCAGCAACAGUUCCCAGCAAUCGAAAAAAGGACCCUCAAAAGGACAUCACGGAUCACAGCAGCCGCAUUCGAAUGCAGCACAAAACAACAACCCAUCCGAUCAGCAUUCAUCCUACGGUUCAUCUGGUAAACCAGUAGCUCCGAACACAAAUGCAAACAGCAAAGUGAACCAAGUUACGGACCAGAUGGGAAACAUGCAAAUUUCGGACAGCAAGUCGUCGGGAUAUAAUGCCACGAACAGUAAUAACCAUACGUCCCAUGCGCCAGUCCCAUCCGUUUCCUCAUCCUCUACGGCUAACAAAGCCGGUUCGAUGAAGUCAACAAACACAAACAAUCACUCCUCUUCGGUUGUGCAACAGCAACCACAACAUACACAACAGGUAGCCUCCCCACCAGGAGUAGUAUCGCUUCCAACAGCAAUGCCGAAUGCCAGUGCAGGACCGGGCGCAGGACCAUCGCCGGGCGCUCCGGUAACGCCAUCGCCGGGCGUCAGUGUUGGAGGUCCACCGAACGUACCGAAAAGCUUUAUCCAGCUUCCGAACGGAUACAACUACAAUCCCUACCAAAUCAUGGGUUUCCAGAACAAGCAAACGAACGAGUUUGCGUUAAAUGUGCUUAAAAGCCAGCAACAGUUUGAUCCGAUGCAGCAACCACCACACCUAGGUACGCCUGGUCCGGUGCCGGCUACUGUUUCGCCGGUUGGACCUAAUGUUAUGCCGCUGCCGGGUCCGAAUGUAGCACCGUCCGGUGUGCUGGCCCAAGCGCCACCUCCACCUGCCGCCAUAAUUGCCACCGCACCGACACCAGGAUCAGUGCCGGGUCACGGUACACUUGUUCCGCCCGGUAUGCCCAUGGCAGCGGCACCGAUGGCACCGCAGGCUGCUGGCAUGGCUGGGGUGUAUCCUAACUGGAAGAUUGGUGAUCGAUGCUUGGCUAAGUAUUGGGAAGAUGGAAAUUUUUAUACGGCAGAAAUUACUGACACUUCGAAAAACACGUUCGUUGUGCAUUUUCUCGAAUACGGCAACUACGAGGAGGUGUUAAAAACGGACUGCAUCCCCAUUACGCAGGCAGCCACCCCGGCGGCAGCACCCGCCCCGAUGGCUCUAGGUUUUCAUCCCGCUCCCGCCACACCUCACAUGCCACCGCCCCAUCCGGCAGCGGCCGCACCCGUUCCGUUUGCUCCCCAUCCGGGUGCGCCGCAUCCGCAUCUUCCGCACCAACAUCACCACGGACACGUACCCCAUCAUCCAAUGGCGGCCCCCCCGGGCCCGUACCAGGCUCCUCCGAUGCAGGACGUUACCCACGGCAACCAACACACACACUAUGCACCGUUCAAACCGGGUCCAAUGCCACCGGUACCGGCACCAAUGCCAACACCACCGGGCCAGGGUCAACUGCCGCCGGCGAUGAACCAGUAUCAGCCAGCCCAACAUCACCUGCAUCAGCCACAGCAGCAGCAUCAUCUCUCCCAGCAGCAGCAGCAGCAGCAACAACAGCAGCAGGGUGGACACAUGCCACAACACCACCAUCAGUCACAGAUGCAGCCACAACACGGCGGUCAACAGCGACCCGGUGGGAAAUUUCGUGAACAACGACCCAUGUACGUUCCGCCGGCGCAACGUAAAUAG